AUGUCAAAGUCACAACCCAGCUCCGAGAAAGGGCAUGAUUAUGUCUCAUUUGUUGUGACCAAAGCGCACGCAGCCUACUAUUUCAAAAAUCCUAUCUCAGCAAAAGCUCAUGAGAAUGCGGCCGCCUGCAUGCCUGGAGGAAACACUCGCACAAGUCUGCAUGCUGAGCCAUUUCCGUUGUCGAUCAUAUCAGGCACUGGGAAAGAAUUGACUUCCGCCGAUGGACAUACCUACAUCGAUUUCUUGGGCGAAUACAGCGCCGGCUUACUUGGGCACUCAAACCCCCGCAUUGAAGAAGCUCUCAGCAAAACCAUGAAAAGCGGCUGGAAUUUUGGUGGAGCGACUCUUUAUGAGAAAAAGCUGGCGCGGAAGGUUACAGCGCGGUUCUCGAAAGGAGGUAUGGACUUGGUGCGGUUUACGAACUCUGGAACGGAGGCUAAUAUGAUGGCAAUUGGCGCCGCUAUUGCUUGGACUGGACGAAAGAAGAUUCUCGUUUUCAGCAGCGGAUAUCAUGGUGGCACAUUUAUCUUCACGAUGGCAAUGUGCAAGUGGUACCACUCGAAAACUUCAAGCACGCCUCCUUUGAAUAUCAACCUCCCACAUGAGUUCGUUGCGGCACCCUUCAACAAUCUCAAAGAGACAAAGAUAAUCAUCGAAAGCUUGCCAAAAGACAGCUUGGCAGCAAUAUUGAUCGAACCUGUCCAAGGAUCAUCUGGAUGCCGUCCUGCACUCCCCGAGUUUCUCACAUACCUGCGAGAAACGUGUGAAAAGUUGGGUGCUUUGUUCAUCGUUGACGAAGUCAUGACUUCUCGUCUUGGGCCUUCGGGAUAUUUGGAGACGCUGGGUCUGAGAGCAGAUCUUAUAACGCUGGGCAAAUGGAUUGGUGGUGGAAUGAGCUUUGGAGCUUUUGGUGGGAGAGGAGAUAUUAUGGAGAUGUUUGAUCCCGCACGAAGCACGAAAGGCUUGAUGCACGCUGGGACAUUCAAUAAUAAUGUGUUCUCCAUGUCAGCGGGUAUCGUGGCGUUGGACAUUUAUAACGAGCAGAAACUGAAGGAAUUCAACGCCAGGGGUGACCGCAUGAAAGCUGGAAUUACGAAAGUGCUUUUCGAUACCGGAAUAUACUCUCAAGAGCAUGCUGAGUAUCUCAAAGACGUCCGAGAGAUAGACAGUUUUGAAGACGAUGUACGUUUGUACACUGGGAAUGAUGAGAUCGUCAAUCUCCCCAAAGUCCUCAUAUCCAGUCGUGGCACAAUGUUGAACUUGCGUUUCACUAGCCCUCAAGCAGGCGCAUGGCACAAUCUUUAUUAUCAUUACAUGCUAGCGAAUGGGAUGUAUUUGGCAAGUCGAGGAUACACUCCGAUGAACUUGGAAAUAAGUGAUGAGGAUGUUGAUAGAUUUGUCAGCUUGGUCAAGGAGUUUUUGAUUAUACAUCUCGAUGAGAUUAAGAAUCAAGAUUGA